UGGUUAAGUCGGUUAUCAAAGAUAACAUUAUGCCAAAUAUUGACUUCUACCAUGAAUGACUAUCCUCAGGUGAUCGAUGGAAUUUACAGUAGGCAUUAUGAAAAAAUUUAUUAUGCAAAGAACAAGCCAAAGGAAGAAGACACGCUGGUCAUGGUUCAACAGAAAGCAAGGUCUAUUGCUCAUCAGUUGGAUAAUUUGAGACCAAGCGAACAGUUUGGAAGAGCACAUGAAGUAGCUACUCAACUCCAGGCUUUGGUUCGCUCUUUGCCUGUUCAUGACCAUUCUUCUUUUAUCAGUCUGUUUGGCUUGAUUAUUCUGGCUCAAGAGAGUCUGUUGGCACCUACUGAAGUUCGCCAACAUAUCUUUUAUCAUGCCAAAUUGGGUAGAACUCUUAUUCUUGAAAUGUCGAGUUUACUCAAGGAUUUCAAAUCAUCUAUGAAAGUCAAUCAUCAACAUUAUUGGUCUUCUCUAAACCAAACUGAAAGUUGGUUGUCUUGUUUAGAACAAGUCUGUUCUAAACUGUCUCGGUAUGACAUUACUUGGGAGUACCGUAAAGAAUAUCAAGAUGUACUUAUCAUAGCCGAACGUUAUUUUAAA